GGCUGGGCUUAAGCGGCUUAGCUACGUCAGCCUAAGCUGGGAGGAAUUCAUCCAAAGCCCUCCGCGGUAGGCGGGGGCCUAAACGAGGCUGGCCUAGUUAAGCCUGAUUCUUAUUGUGUGCAGCACAGCCUGUUUUUGUUGUGCAACAUAGCUGAGAGGGAACCAAGGAGUAGUGUAUGAAUCCAUGCACACGUUAGACAUAGCUUAUGUUUGAUUUAUAGAAGAAGAGAAGGAGAAAAUGAUACAUGUAUGGGAGUUAGACCAGUGUUAGCUUUUAUCAUCGUGGACCAAGAGAAGCCAGCAGCAGGGACCAAAAAAGACAGGUGGGAAGAGUGAGGGGCCACAGUACCAAUUGUGGUUACUGAAGGGUGACAGCCAUAGGCCUGAAUUGGUCUGUGUGAGUCCGCUAUGCUAUAAGAUGGCGUCCAGCUCUGUGUUUCUGUCCAGUAUGGUGGGUAAAGCUCGCUCCUCCAACUUCACCCUCUCUGAAAAGCUGGACCUGUUGAAGCUGGUCCGUCCUCACAUCCGCAUCCUGGAGGAGCACACCAACAAGCAUGCAGUCAUUGUGGACAAGAACAAGUGCUGGGACACUGUGGCUGAGCAGUACAACGCCUUGGGAGGGGACAGACCCCAUCGCACCGCUCAGGGCCUCAGGACCCUCUACAAGAGGCUGAAGGAGUCAGCCAAGCAGGAAGUGAUGCAGCGGAGACACGCCCAGCCAGAGUACAGAGCAAGCAUCUCCGAGCCAACCAGGAGAAUUAUGGAGAUGAUCCCUCACCUGUUUCACCAUGUGCCCAUCCACGAGAAGGACCAGGCUCUGCGCAGAUUAAUAUACAGCAAACACAACUCUCCCAUCGAACAUCCUGGCAGCAGCUCCUCACUGGCUGGACUCCAGGAUUACUCAGCAGCUGUUCCAAGUAUCCCCCAUGAGGUGGUCCAGCUGGACCCUGAAGAGGAUGUUAAACCACCGCCAGACCUCCCCAUUCACUCUGCGCACACUGGGCCAGGGCUGGACGGAGGCCAGGAGCAGGAGGGGGAGCAGGACUUGGGCAGCGUCCACGAUUACGAAGCAUCCCUGUCUCCCACCCCUUCCUCCAUUAACAUUCCCCUCUCCUCCUCGCCGCUGCCCUUACGCCACGACCUCUACCCCAACGACAUCUACCCUCACCACGAGCCUGAACGGUUUCGACCUCUGCACCUGGCCAAAGAGGAGCAUGAGUUGGUGUUAGCCAAUCACAGGAAGGUUGCCAUGUACCUGGAGGAGAAGAGGGAGGGACUAAAGAGGAAACAGGACCUGGAGGAGGAACUACUGAGAGCCAAGAUCAAAGUGGAGAAACUAAAAGCUGCUCGACUGAGACACGGACUGCCAAUUCCUCUAUAACAAGCAUGAACAUGUGGCCUGCGUUAGAAACAGAGCGGCUCCGAGAGAUUGGAGAAAAAUCUGCUGAGCAAUCACACUCAUCUGUUUCAUGUUUGAGAGCUGUUUCAGAACUUGAAUUUCUUUUGGAAACAUAGUGCCUCGUACAGACACUGAAAGCCUGUUUGUUUAUUGCAGGAGAAGGCUCACGUGUUGCCAUCAAUCUGUGUUUCUGCUUGUCAGUGUUAAAAAUCUAAUCGUUCUCUCAUUGACUGAAGCGAAAACAAAACUUGUAAAUGCUCCCAUUACAAACACUGUGAUAGGCCAGAAUAGGUGAAAUAAAAGUGACAGUCCAGGUUUUGGAAGACAAUAUCAGUAGUAAUGAAUGACCAUGAUGGAUCUUUUCCUGCCCAUAUCUGCCACCAAUAUGCAUCUAAGGGGAUUUUAGCAUCAUGGUAAUAAUCUUUAUGAUCGAGGAUUGUUAGUGAGAGUGAUUCUAACAGCAUUUCAGGUAAUGAUAUACUGGAGAGUCUGCCUAGACCACAUCAGGGGUAUCGUUUAGGGCUCUGCUUACUUGAUCUGACAUCAUAAAAAUCAGAUAUGAUAAACUGAAGCUUUUCCUUUUUAGCACUUUUAGGUAACCAAAUUAGGGAUACUUUUCAAAAUUAUGAAUUUUACAAUGAAAGAAAUGUUCAUAGACCCAGCCAGGAGGAAAGCUGUCGAAGGCCUUAACAUAUGACGCUAAUGAUGACGACCCGUGUUCUGUGAGUUGCUGAAUUUACCAGGAGGGGAGUCAAACAUGUUCAAGUCAGAAAUCCUCCCUGGUUGCUGAAUUGAUGGACAGUUUAGUGAAGAACGGAGAUGUGGAAGUGGCUUUGUGAUGUUAUUUAAUGUAUUUGACUACAACAUUGAUUGUCUUGUAAUGUUGGUAUACGAGUGUUGUCAGUUUCUUUUGCAGUUUGUCCAUAUGUUCAGUUAUUUGUAUUAAAGAAAGUAAGGUUAA